UUUUAGUCACAACUUCCUUUUCUCGUUAUUUUUGUUGUUGUUGCUUUUGUUAAUUACAAAAAUUUCGAAAUUUUAAAAUUUCUUUAUCUUUUUGCAAACACAAUCGUUUCAUUAAUUCAUUCAACCUGACAAUUCAGGAAUAAUCAUGCAUCGACGAUCAAAAGCUAGAAUCAGCACUAAUAAUAAUCGUCGCAUGAGUGGUACCACCGCGACAACAUCGAAUCAUAAAUCGAAUCAACGAAAAAUUCACGAUGAUAAAUUUGCUAUUCAAAAAAAAUGCAUUUCAAUCGAUAUGAAAGUUGAUGAAAUCGAUAUGAGUGCAUACGAUGCAAAUACGUUGGACGAUUUAAAUAAACAUCGUUUGGAAUUAAAUGAACAAAAUAUUCUUUAUAAAGAAUUGGUUCAAACAAUUUUCACACAGAAAAAUGUUGAAAAGCCAUUGAUAGCGAUCGUUCAACAAUUGGGUGAAAAAAUUAAACAAUAUGAUGAUAAAAUUUCGAAAAAAUUCCAAAGUUUAAAACAAAAUGGAAUUCCCAUUGAUUCGAAACAAUCAUCAUCAUCAUCAUCAACAACAACAACAACAACAUCGACGUCGUCAUCGACAUCGCAACGACGGCCUUUAUUAUCGAAACCAACAACAAAUAGUAAUGAUGAUGAACAAUCAUCCAUCGCCAAUAUGAAAAUUAAUCAAAAUUGUUCCAAUAUUCGCUCAUCUUCUGGACCUGAAUCACGAUCACCAUCACCGUCACUACCACCACCACCAUCUAAGGAUAAAUCAUCUUGCUCAAAAUAUUUUGCCCAUCCAAAAUCGAAUCGAAAUGAAAAUGUUGAUCCAUCAAAUCGUCGUAAUCGGCGUAAUGAUAAUUUUUCCGAACAAAAACAAUUAUCAUUUCAAUCAAAUUCAAUGAAAACAUCAAAUUUACACAAAUCCAACAAUGGUAUCAAUAAAUUGGAACAAGUAUUAAAAAAUAAAAAUAAUUUUGUUGGUGUUGAUUCAAAUUUUGAUGAUGAUGAUUUCAAUAGCAAUGUACGAUUGGCUAAUGGUGGUGAUUUGAUUUUUGAUGAUAAUCCUGAUCCAACCGCUGUUGAACCAUGUGUGGCAAAUCCUGAAACUGAUUGGGUAAUGAAUAUGAAAAAUUUUAUUCAUCAAUAUUAUCAAUUACCGGCACAUCGUUUCAUUGAUCAAUUUCGACGUUCUCGGUCACAAAAAUUAUUGUAUUUGUCAUUGGAUGAUCGGAUUGAAUUAUUCAAUUCAAUGUUAGAUGAUUUGGCAUCCAAUUAUCCGGAUGAGCAUGAUCAAUUAAUCGUGCCAUUUAUCAAAAUUGCCGAAAUCAUACGUAUAUCACGACCACAAUUGCAUAUUAUGGAAUGGGCACGUGAUAAAAUUUUUGCCGGCCUUUAUGGUGAUAUUGUUAAUUAUCGUGAUUUACCACAACAAAUUGAUCAAUGUCAAGAUGAAGUAAUCAAAUCAACAUUGAUAGAAUCAUUCGAAAUGAAAAAAAGUGAAUCACUGAAAUGUUACCGCGGUACAUUAAAUAUAAUUGGUACAAUGUACAAUAAAAGCAUUUCACGCCCAAAUAAAGAUAUUCAUGAAAUUUUCCGUUAUUUAUCCAAACAAUCAACCAAACAGAAUUGUGAAAUUUAUUUGGAGUUAUUGACGGAUUUUAUUUUGUUGGUCGGACCAAAAUUUUUAUCAUCAUCAUCGAAUGAUAAAAAUCGUUUAACCAUUACACAAAUGGAUGAAAUAUUAAUGAAAUUUAAACAUUCAUCAUCAUCAUCAUCAUCGAAUGAUGAUUAUUUGGAAUCAAAACGAAGCAUGGUAAUCAAUCUGAUAGAAAAACAAAUGAAAUUGAUGAUUCGUAAUCCAAAUAAUUUAUGAACAAUUUUUUUUUCAUUUCCUUUCUUUCAUCUGUUAACAAAUCCAAAUUCGUUUGAUCAUUCAUAUUUACUAUUUUGACAUUAAUUUGGCUUAAUUAAAAAU